GAAGGGGCGAUUCGAAUAAAUCAAAAGGGUUUGAGUUUGCUUCUCUUCAUGAAAAAACCUUCAUUACUGCAGCAAGCGCAGGGUUUUAGGGUUUUUAUGUUUUUUCCUUCGAAAAGAAAAGUUCGUCGAUUUAUCUUCUUUCGAUUACCAGUAAAAUGUGGCAUUCCAACAACAGCUGCAUUGAAUUACUAUGAAUGCCAGAUUAAGCCAAAACAAUUACAGAAAUGGCAGCCGACGUUUCAGUAAAGAACCCACCAGCGAAUCCCUGCUGCACUGUGUGGAAAGAGAAAUGUACGAAGUUAGAAGCUGGGCGGAAGCAUCUGAGACAAGCUGUGCAGAUUCUUAAUGAACAAAUUGAUAAGAUUCAGCAUCUGAGACAAGCUGUGCAGAUUCUUAAUGAACAAAUUGAUAAGAUUCAAGUAGAGAAUGUCAGUCUCAAGAAAGCAUAUGAGGAGGAGCGGUUGAGGGCAGAAACUGAGAAAGAGGGUAAAGAGAAGGAAUUGGCUGUGAGAGUUACUUUGGAGAAUGAUCUUUCUUUGCUGAAGUCUGAAAUAACCUCCUUGAAGGAAAAAGAAAGUGCAUAUGUUGAAGAUGAGAAGGGGGAACUGAAGCUUCUUCAGGAUCAUGUUUCUAAAGCGGAAAAGGAGAUCACACAGCUCAAAGCACUUCUUAAGAAAGAGAAAAUAAGGGCAGAUUCUGAAAAGAAGAGUGUGGAGGCACAGAAGAAAAUUGCUACAGAAGCAUGGAAACAAGUGAAAGUUGAGAAGGCUAAGGCUGAUGAAGAAAGGAAGCUAGCUAAUAUUGAAGGGAAGAAGGCUGAGGAAUAUCAGCUUCAAUUGGAGGGAUUGAGAAAACAAGUUGAUGAAGCUAAAUCAAAGUUGGUUGCUGAGACAUUGAAGUUUGAAGAGGCAUGCAAAAAGUUAGAAGCAGAAAAGCAUAAAGUUAUCAAGCAGAGGAAACGUGCUGAUUCAGAAAUGGCUAAGGCAGAGGUGCAAAGGAAGCUUGCAGAAGCAAAUGGGAAAAAGGUCGUGCAAGAAAAGUCUCAUGCUGAAAAUCUUUCUCAGCUGUUGGAGAAUGCUAAACAAAGAAUUGGGGAAUUACAGAAGGAGAUAGCUGAAAAGGCCAAGGCUGAUACAGAAAUGAAGAAUGUGAAUACUGGAUGGAAGAAAGCUGAGGAGUACCAGAUCCAGUUGGAGUUAUUGAGGAAAGAAGCUGAUGAAACAAAAGCAAAGUUGACAUCUGAAAUUUUGAAGUUUGAAGAGGCCAAUAAAAGGUUAGAAAUAGAAAAAAAUCGAGUGACCAAAGAGAGAAAACGUGCUGAUGCAGAGAUGGCUAAAGCAAAUGAGCUAAGAAAACUUGCUGAAACAAAUGCGAAGUUGGCAAUGGAAGAGAAAUCUCAUGCUGAUCAGCUGUCUGGUCUGCUGGAAGAAAGUAGACAUAAAAUGGAAGAACUGCAAAAGCAGAUGCAGGAACUUUUGCCUACUAGAAAAACAGUUGAUACUGCUGCUCUUUUACCCGGCAAGGAUGUGAAAGUUGAAAUGAAGUUGAAGCUUUUAGAUAAAGAAUUAAAGCUUGAAAGGACUAGACUGAAGUAUGCCAAACAGGUGGCUAAGUUGGAGAAGAAUCGCAGUGGUAUUCUACAAGAUGAACUAGGCCGUAUAAGGCUGGAUUCUAUUCAAAUUUCAGAACGCCUGGAUGCUCUAAAUAAAUGGUUCUCAUCUAGUGUUGAAUGUAGAGAGAGUUUGGGAAAGGCUGGGGUAUCAUCAAUAAUGCAAAGGUCAAAGUUAAAAAGAAAAUUUGAUGAUUUAGAAGCAUUAAAGAUGUAUGCUCAAAAUGAGAGUGAGCUUCUCAAGCCUAGUUGUGUGGCCAUGGCUGCCUCUUUUCCUCUCACCCAAACCCUGUACUGUGCAGAUCCAUGGCUCCCAGUAUCUGGAGGGAACUGUACUGGAUCCAUUUCAGGUAUUGAUUCUAAAUUGAAGUCUCUGCAUGGAGGCUCCUAUAGAAAACUGUUACAGAGUUCUGCAAUAAAUUCCAGUUCAGGAUCUUUUUCUGAUGGUCAGUUGGUCGGCUCACAGGAAAUAGGUGCUUUUGUUUCCAAAUCCGAAAAAUUGGUAGAAGAGAACUCUGAUGUGCAAACAAGUAUUUCUGGCUUGUCCGGUGAAGUGACUAAAACGCACUGUAAUGAAAAAGCUGUGGUUGCUGAAAAGAGUGCUAGAAAUCAUCUUAGCAUUGAUACUUCUGGAAGAGGUAAUGGACAUGGCAGAAAGUUGGAGAGAAUGCUUGAUGCAAUUGAAUCUGUUGAAUUUUUGUAUUCAGAAGGUAAGAAGUUGCAUAUGCAGAUGGAAGAGAAACUCUCUGUCUUGCAUGGCAUGUUAAAUAGGGGUAAUGAGAAACCAAUGGCUGAAUCAAAGUAUGUGGAAGCUAGUGUGCAAAAUGGUUCACAUGCUAAGUGUGAGAAGUCUCACAAGAAGAAAAGGAUACCUUUUAAUGAGAGAAUCAUUUUGCAGCAUGAGCAGGAGAAGACUACACAAAUUGGGGAUGAAGUCCAUGCUGAUGCAAAUGCUUGCAGACAUACUGGCCAUCCUGGCAUUAAGGAUAUCCCACAAGAAUGCAUCAAGGUUUUGGGUGAUUCUUUUAGAUUUGACUGUAAAAGUAUGGCAGGGAUUGAGAAAAUAGAAAAUGGGGAAUAUAUGAAAUUGCUGGACUUGGAUGAUACUGCAGAUGAGGAAUGUUACAGGAGAGCAAUGGAAAUGCCCUUGUCCCCUACUCUUCCUGAGAUCGAGAUUUCUAGUGCUGAAAUAUUUUCCAUGGAUAAGUUUAAAGCAGGUGAUAGCUUCCAUGGAGAAUUGUUGAAUGAGAAGGAAAUUUUGAUGCCUUGUAGCAGUUCUGACAUUGUUGAUGCGGAAAUUAGUUCCAACAACAUGAGAUGUAUUGCCUCAGGAGCUUCCUUCAAUGAAGUACAACAUGAGAAUGAAGGUCUUGUUAAUUCUUUUAAUGUACUAGGCAAUGGAAAUGGCUGUUGUGAUACUAUGGAAGCUGAAAGAGCUCCUGAUAGACAGACCAGAGUCUCUGAUGUAAUUGAGAAGUCACACAUAUGUAGUUCUAGUGAUGAGGGACUGAAGUUUCUGAACUUUUCAUCUGAAUCCAAACUCGAAUCUGCACAUGACAAUAUUCCUACAUACUAUGUGGUGUUUUCAAAUUAUAAUGACUAUGACAGUGUUUCAAGGAUAUUUUGUGCCACAAGGACUUGUCUAGUCCACUGCUCUUUGGAUACUGAAACAGAAAGCAUGGUGAAAAAGGUCUUGUCUGUUCUUAAAAUGGAAGAGAAACUUCUACCCAAGGAGAAGGCUUGUACAUUUUUCACAUUGUUGCUGCUGAAUUUCACUGCGUUUGAUUUGAGGAAACCUGGAAGUUGUAUGAAUAAGAAUCUUAUGCUAUGCUUAGACUCUUUUGCUGAACAAAUAAAUGCAGUGGUGUCUGAUGUCAAGUCAAGAAGCUUACUUGCAAGUUUAUGUUGUUUGGAUGAACUGCUCAGUCUUAUUGAGGAUUUUUUAAUAAAUGGGCGAGUUAUUGAAUGCACUAUUGUACCUUCUGAAACAUUGGUUGGAUGUGAUUCGAGGAGGAAUAUCUUUUUGAAUGGUAUAAAUGUAAAUUUGUCCUCCAAACCAGCUUCAGCUGACCAGUUGGUGGCAGGGAGCAUCAUAUUGGCAUCAGUGUGUGCAGCAGUAGACCGCAUUGAGUUCAUUUGUGAGGCUUCAUACAAUCUUCUGAGGAUUCAAAAGUAUGAUAUUGAUAUUUUAUUAGCCAUCCUGCAUGUUUUUGCUUACCUUGGGGGUGACAGAUUUUUCUCUCUGAAGGAGUACGGUUUGACAAUGAAAGUGUUGAAGACAAUAAUAAUUUUUCUUGAAGGAGGACAUUCACCAGUUGCUUCAGCUGCUUCUCGUUUCUCAUCUUUGCAUGUGGCUGGAGUUAAGUUCCAUUCAUGUGGUAAAUGUCCGUUUGGUGCAGUUUCAGUGGAUAUUGUUGUGACAGAGCUCUUGGAAAAGCUUCAAAAUCAGCAUCCCCCAGAAUUAGCUAAUCUACCAAAUUUCCAUGUCCUCAGUAAUGAAAGUGAUGCUAAACGGUGCUCAAGUCCUGAAGGAGUAUGUUGUGCUCUUGAUGCAAAUUCUGGUGCAUCCUGUUGUGUGAUGCCUGCUACUCACAUAACUUCUGUAUGCAAUGGGGCUUUAUGUUACCUCAGUGAUGUCCUAUCAUUGGUGGAACUGCUUGCGUGCUACAUGAAUUGGGAGUGGACUUGCGGGAAAAUUAUCCCUGCAUUGUUGGAUAUCUUGGGGAGACCCAUGCUAGAUGAUUUUUCUGUAGCUGUUGUUGUUCUCAUAGGUCAGCUUGGGAGGCUUGGGGUUGCCGCUUGUGGUUAUGAGGAUAAGGAGGUUGAGAAUUUGAAAUAUAAAUUAUCUGGAUUUCUUCAGCGAGAUGCCACAACGAAAUUAUCCCUUCCUGUUCAAAUUGCGGCUGUCACUUCCUUACUGGGGAUUCUGCCAUUCGAUUUACAAGAUGUUAUUCAGGGUAAUUUAAAGCUUCCAGAAGGUGCAAGUCAAUUUGUUUUUGCUGACCUGAUAAGGAAUUGGUUUUCUUCACUAAGCAAGGAGCAACAAACCUUAUCAUCUAAUCUCUUACACUCUGCUGGUUUAGUUGCAAGGUGAAUGCCUCAUUACUCUUAACCAUGUGUUUUCAUUCUGGUUUGGCCCAACCAUUUGAUGGCUUUUCUCCCAUGAGAAUAGGGAGAUUAAAAAACUGGAGAUUCUUUUUUUUUAUUUUUUUUUAUUUUUUAUUUUUUAUUUUUACUUUAUGUGGAUCGUGAAGGAAAAAAGUCAGGCGAUUUCGAUAUGCAGCUGGUGCGGGAGCCCUUCAUUCUCAAUACAAAUUUGUAAAUUUUGAAACCAUCUUUUGUAUUUACAUCAUUUUUUCAGCUCUCAUAAGUUGAUUAAUUAAUAUUUCCUUUAAUUUCCUGGAAA